AUGGCUGGUGUUUCGAGUCGAACUCGAAGCAAGAAUGUCACAAUUAAUGGUGUUUCGACUCGUACUCGGAGCAAGAAUGUUCCGCUGUUCGGUAGUAUUUCAUUUCAUGGUUCGUGUUCGUGUUCUUUGAAAUCCAAGCGUAGAAAAAGUAAUGAAAAGGAUAAGGGUUCGAGCUCUAAAAAAAGGAAGCCAAAUGAAGAGUCUUUUGGGUUGCAUGAAGAUGUUGAUGUUGUUUGCAUUGACAGUGACGACGAGGAAGGAGAUCAAGAUUUGUUACAAUAUUUUGAGGAUUGUGUUGAUGGUGAUUCUGAUGAGGAUUGGUUAGAAUAUCGUAGGAAGAAAAAAUUUGAGGUUGAUGAUAUUGAUGUUAAAGAUGAGGAAUUGAGUGGAGAUAUUGUUGAAAAUGGUGGUGAAGGAGGGUUGGAAGAUUGUGUGGGUGUUGUUAAUAAUGAAGUAGAGAGUGAGAAAAAUGGGGGAAUUGGUGUGUUAGUUGAGAAAGAUGAAAGCUUUGAUGAUGAAAAGUGUGGUUUGAUAUCUGGAAACCUGAUUAUAGAUUCAGAUGGUGAAGAUAAGGGAGGCUUGGAUGAUUGUGUGGCUGUUGAAAAUGAAGUAGAGAGUCAGAAAAAUGGGGGAAUUGGUGUGUUAGUUGAGAAAGAUGAAAGCUUUGAUGAUGAAAAGUGUGGUUUGAUAUCUGGAAACCUGAUUAUAGAUUCAGAUGGCGAAGAUAAGGGAGGCUUGGAAGAUUGUGUGGCUGUUGAAAAUGAAGUAGAGAGUGAGAAAAAUGGGGGAAUUGGUGUGUUGGUUGAAAAAGAUGAAAGCUUUGAUGAUGAAAAGUGUGGUUCGAUAUCUGAAAACCUGAUUAUAGAUUCAGAUGGUGAAGACAAAGGAGGGUUGGAAGAUUGUGAAAAGAACAGUUCAGAGGGUUGUGUGGGUGUUGAAAAUGAAGUAGAGAGUGAGAAAAAUGGAGGAAUUGGUGAGUUAGGUGAAAAAGAUGAAAGCUUUGAUGAUGAAAAGUGUGGUUUGACAUCUGAAAAUCCGAUUAUAGAUUUAGAUUUAGAUGAUGAUAAUGAAUCUGAUGAUGAUGAUGAUGAUGAAGAUGAUAAUGAAUCUGAUGAUGGUGAUGAUGAAAGUGAAGAAAGUAAGGAAAUUGAGACUAGUGACGAGGAAUUUCUAGUUGAUGAGGUGAAUGAAGUUUCUGACAGUGAUAAUAGUACUUCUUCUUAUGUUGAUGAUGAUGAUACUGGUGACAAGAAAGAAGAGAAGAAAAAGGUUUGGAUUUGGAAGAAGAAUGAGGAGGAGAAGAAAAAGGGUUGGGAGGAAGAAGAGGAAGAGGAGGUGGAGGAGAAGAAAAAGGGUUUGGAGGAGGAGGAAGAAGAGGAUGUGGAGGAGCAGAAAAUGGGGUGGGAGGAGGAGGAGGAGAAGACGGAGGAGGUUGAGGAAGAGGAGGAGAAGGUGGAGGAGGAGGAAGGGGUGGAAAAGAAGAAAAUGGGUUGGGAGGAGGUGGAUUUGGAAAUGGAUUGGCAAGAAUAUGACAAUGUGCUGGCAGAGAUGGUGAGAGAAGCCAAGGGUCAAAAUAGUAAUAAUGAGGAGGUAAAGAAUCAUUAUAGUUCAUCUUCUGAAUUGCGGCAUGCAGAUGAUGGUGGUGUAAGAACCUCUAAUGCCUCCAAGAAAAAGGGUUCUUUUGCUCCAAUGGAGGCUCCUUCCUCUUCUUCCAAACUGCAUGAAACAUCAGAGACUUUGACAUCAAAAGUUGUACAAAUGAAAGUGAAAAAUGUCUCUGAUAAUCUUAAUGUUGGCAAAUCCAAAUCCAAAGACACUGUUAAACCUAAAGAAAGUGUGAUUAUUGAGGAUGAAAGGGAUUCUUCUAUUCACGCAAAACAGAAGAAGAUGAAGGAUUCAGAUAAACAGAAAAUGAUGGAGAUGAAGGGAAGGGAUUAUAAAGGUAGAGCUUACACCCAUAGUGGCGAGAAGAAGGAAUCCAUGGAUAAAAAUGACUUGAAUCAAAGGGGAAAAAGCACAGUUUUUAAGCCGAAGGAGUUGCGAUUAGUUGAACUCCUUGCUGAAUACUAUUGGGGAAACAAGAAAAAUAAAACUCAGAAUGAUUCACCUGUGUUGGAAUUGAAAGAUGUUAUUCGACAUGAUACACGCCCACCACCUGUUUGUAACGAGACAGCUCCAUUGAUAUGGAGUCUUAAAAAGGUGGAGAAAGUGCAAAAGACCAAGAGUGAGGAAGAGGAGGAAGCACUAUGGGAUAAAAUGAAUACAACCCUUAGAGAACUUGAAGCUGAAUCCAUGAUCGGAAAUUUGGGGAGCAAUGAAGCUACUCAGGUAAAAACUGGAAGUCCGUUCUCUGACUGUGAACAUGACAUUCGUCUCGACGAAGAGAUUGGUGUAUAUUGCAGGCGGUGUGGUUGGGUUGUCACUGAUAUUAAAGAUGUCUCACCACAAGUGAUUGAUAAAUAUCCCUAUGAAGGAUCGGGACAAAGGGCUUCGUUUGGUGAUGCAAAUGUCUCACAUUUUCAUGACUCCCACUUCAAUGUUUCUGAUCAUGACUCAGGGACUAAUUUAUCUUACGAUGAAAGAACAGUUUGGGACCUAAUUCCUGAUGUAAAACCGACCUUAUAUUCUCACCAACAAGAAGGUUUUGAGUUCAUUUGGAAUAAGUUAGUAGGAAACAUUGAGCUUCAAGGGUUAAAGAACGCCAAUCUUCAAAGGGAGGGUGGUUGCAUUAUUUCACAUGCUCCUGGAACUGGAAAGACAAAGUUGACAAUAAUGUUUCUCAAGGCUUAUUUAAAAGUUUUUCCGAAAUGCUUGCCGGUCAUUGUUGCUCCUGCGGGUUUGUUACUUACUUGGGAAGACGAAUUCAGAAAAUGGGACAUUGGUGUUCCAUUUCACAAUUUGAACAAUCCUGAGUUAUCUGUUAAAGAGCAUGAUGAUGUUGCUAAUGCAACUAAUUGGUCUAAUUCACGGCGGCAUAGUUUGGACGAGACACGAAUGGCAAAACUGAUUUCGUGGUUCAAAGAAACAAGCAUUCUGGGAAUCAGUUACAGUUUGUUCAAGGUGCUAGCCGACGGAGAAGGGGAAUGCAAAGAUAAGAAAAAGAAUGAACAUGCGAGAGGAUGGGAAUGGGAAUCCGAAGAUAAGAAAAAGAAUAAACAGAAGAGAAAAGAAAACAGUUAUAUGAGGAAGGCUUUGCUUGAAGCUCCUGGUUUGUUGGUUCUAGAUGAAGGACAUACGCCAAGAAAUGCAAGAAGUAAUGUUUGGAAGGUGUUAUCAAAAGCUCAAACAAAGAAGCGAAUUCUGCUUUCUGGAACUCCUUUCCAGAAUAAUUUCUUGGAACUGUACAACACUUUCAGCAUAGUGAAGCCUUCUUUUCCUAACACAAUACCACCCAAGCUGAAAAAGUUUUGCAAGAAACAUAAGGAAGCAGCAAAAGAAUGGAGUUGGGAACCGGUAACUGGAAACAGCACAACAGGAAAUCCUUCUGAUGAUAAGAUCAAGCAUUUGAAGUUGCUAAUGGAUCCUUUUGUUCAUGUUUACAAAGGCGCGAUUCUUCAAAAGAAGCUUUUCGGGUUAAGAGAGUGCGUGCUUCGUUUGAAGCCUGACAGUUUUCAGAAGCAAAUUCUUGAGAGCAUUAAAAGUUCUCAGAACAUAUUGAACUUUGAGCGUAAGCUGAUACUGUCAUCGGUCCAUCCGUCUCUAUUCCUCGAAUGCAAACUUUUGGAAGAAGAAGAAUCUGUUGUUGACAAGGAACGGCUAGAAAAACUUAGAUUGAAUCCACAUGUUGGCGUCAAAACAAAAUUUUUGGUGGAGUUUGUUAAUCUCUGUGUUGCUGUUAAUGAAAAAGUUCUUGUGUUCAGCCAAUUCACCGCCCCUUUACACUUAAUUGUAGAGCAAUUAAGCUCAUCCUUUAAUUGGGCCGAGGGGAAGGAAAUACUCUACAUAGAUGGCACGAUUGAUCUGAAGGAAAAACAGUCUUUAAUCCACAACUUCAAUGAUGCAAACAGCAAAGCUAAGAUUGUACUUGCAUGUACGAAAGCUUGUUCUGAGGGAAUUAGCUUAGUCGGAGCGUCAAGAGUUGUGCUACUUGAUGUUCUAUGGAAUCCUUCUGUCGAGCGUCAGGCUAUCAGUAGAGCAUAUAGGAUUGGACAAAAGAGAAUUGUGUACACGUACCAUCUGCUCACGCACGAGACUACCGAGUGCAUCAAGUAUUUCAAACAGGCCGAAAAGGACAGGUUGUCGGAACUAGUAUUUUCGGAUAAAGACGGGGGCAAAAACCGUGCGGUGACCUUUGAGGAUGGUAUUCUUGAUCUAAUGCUUCAGCAUGAAAAACUUAAAGACAUGUUUGUUGAUUGUGUGGUACAGCCUAAGGAAAGAGAUUUGGUGGAAAGUUAUUAUUAUUGA